AAGUGAUAUAAGUUGGUAAAACUAGAGGUUAGGUAGCUAGUCCAGCAGCCCAAUUAGCCCUUUGCCACAACAUAUACAUACAAUACUCACACCAAACAUCCUUUCAGACAUACAUUAGCUUAUCUUCUUCUUUCUUCAUCUUCACCCACCAAUCCCUCGAGAAAUGGAGUCCAAAUUACAAACCCCAGAUACCCAAGAAGAUAAAAAUGAUACCCAACAGCUCUCUCUCCCCAAAUCUCUCCCAAUUGCUUCAAUUACACUAUCUCUCUCCUCACUUCUCCCUACCCAUUUCUUCCUCCCUCCUAAAAUCACUUCCCUUUUCUCGUCUUCUCCGUCUAGAGUCAAAAUCCCGUCGCAAAUCUCUGCUCUUUACGACGCUUCUCUCUCUAGUUCUUGCUCCACUCUCUCUCCUCAGAAGCCGUUCUUUAAGUCCACCGUCUCUCCGACCCCUUUACAGAAUACUCUGUUCUUGAACCCUAAACGCCCUUCUGAGCCUUCGAAUGCGGCUGGGUUACGGAGGGCUUCGAUUGUUUGGUUUAGAAAUGAUCUUAGGGUUAAUGACAAUGAGUGUCUCACUGCUGCUAAUAAUGAGUCUAUGUCUGUGCUUCCGGUGUAUUGUUUUGACCCAACUGAUUAUGGGAAAUCGAGUAGUGGGUUCGAUAAGACGGGCCCGUAUCGAGCUACAUUUUUGAUUGAGUCUGUGUCGGAUUUGAGGAAGAAUUUGCAGGCGAAAGGGUCGGAUUUGGUGGUGAGGAUCGGGAAGCCGGAGUCGGUUUUGGCUGAGUUGGCUAAGGCGGUUGGGGCGGAAGCGGUUUAUUCGCAUCAAGAGGUUUCGCAUGAUGAGGUUAAGGCCGAGGGGAAAAUUGAGAAUGUGAUGAAAGAUGAGGGGUUGGAAGUUAAGUACUUCUGGGGAAGUACAUUGUAUCAUGUUGAGGAUUUGCCAUUUAAGUUGGAGGAAAUGCCGACUAAUUAUGGGGGGUUCAGGGAGAAAGUUCAAGGUUUGGAGGUUAGGAAGACAAUAGCAGCGUUGGAUCAGUUGAAGGGGUUGCCUAAAGCAGGAGAUGUAGAGCCUGGGGAGAUUCCGUCUCUGUCUGAUUUGGGUCUUAAUUCUGCAGCAGCAGUGGGGCAGGAUGGGAAACCUGCUGCUAGUGCUUCUCUAGUGGGAGGUGAGACUGAAGCAAUGCAGAGGCUUAAAAAAUUUGCUGCUGAAUGCCAGGCACAACCUCACAAGCCAAGCAAGGACGGUAGUAGUGAUAGCAUCUAUGGUGCAAACUUCUCCUGUAGAAUCUCACCAUGGCUAGCUAUGGGCUGCCUUUCUCCACGGGCCAUGUUCGACGAGCUUAAGAGUUCUGCUUCCAGAUCAAUUUCUGCUGCUUCAACCAAGAAAGAUGGUGGCAGUGGGUCAUCUGAUACUGGAAUGAAUUGGUUAUUGUAUGAGCUGUUGUGGAGGGAUUUCUUCAGGUUCAUUACUAAAAAGUAUAGUUCCGCCAAACAGAGGAAUGCUGCUCCAGUCACAGCUUGUACAGGUGCUGUUGCCUGAGGAAGUAUUAUGUGAAAAUACGCUUGGAGCAUAUUGCUUCUCUGUGUUCUUAUCUAAACUGUAGUUAAUGAACUCUUUAAUUUGGGGAUCCUAAAUUUUUUGGAGAUAUCAUCAUAAUGAGUUGCUUUAAUAUAUGUGUUGUCACUGGCAGAACAAGUGUGGAAUGUGUGCUUCUCAUUCUUUUGUUCAAUAUUCUCCUGAAUAUGUAACUUUGCUUGAAUCUGUUAGUGGGGUGCAAUUUCCCUUGGAAGCCUUUGGUGUAAUUAGCUUAAGAUAAUGGAAAUUCAAGAUACAAUAUUUCAUUUUUUAAA